AUGUUAAUCAAUGAUCAUACUCGAAUAUUGCUCCAACUGUUGUCAUUGCUGUUUCCCAUUUGUAGCAAUCGUUGCAACUUUUAUACUGCUGGAAUACCACAGCGCGCCAACGAGCCUUGGUCAGUGAUUUUAUGCAAAUUUGCUGAUACGGCGAGAUAUGAGCCACAAACACGGGAAUGGUACCAGAAAUGGAUGAUUGGUUCUAGCUCAGAUUCGGUUGCACAGUAUUUCAUAAAUGUAUCGAAUGGAAUUUAUACCAUAACGGAUACAAAAGUAUUCGGCUGGAUGACACUUCCGUGGACUGUAAAACAAGUGCGACUAAUGACUUUAAUGGAUAAAACUCUUUGGAAUAAGGAAAAGUCCAGCUCACCUUUUUUUGUUAAAGCCAAGCAACUAUGCGUUAAAUUGGCCACACGAAGAACUAAACUAAACAAGAAAAAAAUAACAAUACUGAACAUGGAACAUGGAGCAAUGUAUGGCAAUGAAGAUGGUGUUCUAAUCACACCACGAUUAUCCUUCAAUUCGGUCCUUACUCAUGAAAUGGUGCAUAGUUUUCAUAUCGGGCACUCAUACAGCGAUCGCAAAAUUGUUAUUUUUCCGUUCGCACACAUGGGUGAAUAUGAUGAUCACUAUGAUUUGAUGAGUACAGCAAAUGCUUGGAUGUACAUGUCGCGAUAUGGCCUUAGUGGACCAGGCUUAAAUGGACCACACCUUGACUAUCUCGGUUGGCUGCCCAGUAAUCGGAUUCUUUAUUUCGGAAGAGAUGGCAGAAGCAGCUCAACUAUACGACUGUCCUCAUUAAGUGUCCCUCAUGCACGGUCGAACGAUUGGCUUCUGGUAAUGGUGCCAUUUGAUAAAAACGAUCCUGCUAAUGUCUUCACCUUGGAAUUUCGAACACCAGUCAAUUAUGAUUCUGGUAUCAGACAGGAAGCGGUUGUAAUACACAAAAUUAAUCGAAAAGGAACAAAUUACUAUUCAACCAUAGUUACACAUAGCAAAGAUUAUGAUGAGAUGAUGGCUGGCACCGAAUGGGUACAUUUUCUUGAACAAUACAGUCCUAAAACUUAUCCAGUCAUUAAAAUACGUGUUGAGAGGAUUGAUAGACAACGACAAAUAGCCGUUCUACAAAUCAACUCGACAUUCAAUCCAGUAAAAAAUUGUUUUUCGAACGAAAUAUUGCAUAGAAGUACGGAAAUACAAAAGCAUUUAAUAAGCAGCAUAGGUGAAAUGAGUUACAGUCAUACUCCGAACGAAACAUAUACUGAAGAAGAAUCUGCUAAGAUUUUACGACAUGAACAAAAUGGAUUUUUCAAAAAUUUGGUGACUUUUGGCAUGAAUGCUUGUCUUGAUGGAUACGUCUGGAGAAUGAUUGAUCCUUAUGACUAUGUUUGUGUUACAAAAAAUAGGCAACAACAAAUUCAAAAACAGAGAAAAAUCAGAAAUCGUCGUGGUAUCUGUCGUGAACCAUUAAUGUUACGAAAAGCUUUCCCCAAUGAUAUUGCAUGUGUAACACAAGAAGAAUUCAUGAUUACGCAGAAGGAAAAUGCAGAAUCGCAUAAAAAUAUGAAGUACCAUUCAUUUUUCAAUGGAGAAGAACCGCUGUACCUUAAUCCGGAUGGUUGCUGUUGA